CGGGCGGCGGCCGCGGGCCGUUUGGAUUGGAAUCUGAGGUGGCGUGCGAGCCGGACUCUCUCAGAGGCUUUUCCCCCUUGUCUGGCGGCGGCGAGGGAGCGAGUUUAUUUACAAAUGCUGGUAUAAUAAAGAAGAGAGAACAAGAUGAGCUGGGCUUUGGAAGAAUGGAAAGAAGGCCUGCCUACAAGAGCUCUUCAGAAAAUUCAAGAGCUUGAAGGACAGCUGGACAAACUGAAGAAGGAAAAGCAGCAAAGACAGUUUCAGCUGGAUACUCUGGAGGCUGCACUGCAGAAGCAAAAACAGAAGGUUGAAAAUGAAAAAACUGAGGGGACAAACCUGAAAAGGGAGAAUCAAAGAUUGAUGGAAAUAUGUGAAAAUCUGGACAAAACUAAGCAGAAGAUUUCUCAUGAACUUCAAGUCAAGGAGUCACAGGUGAACUUUCAGGAAGGACAACUGAAUUCAGCCAAAAAACAAAUAGAAAAACUGGAGCAGGAAAUUAAAAGGUGUAAAUCUGAACUUGAAAGAACCCAACAAGCUGCACAGUCCGCAGAUGUCUCUCUGAAUCCAUGCAAUACACCACAAAAAAUUUUUACAACUUCGCUAACACCAAGUCAUUGUUACAGCGGCUCUAAGUAUGAAGAUCUAAAGGACAAGUAUAAUAAAGAAGUUGAAGAACGAAAAAGAUUAGAGGCAGAGGUUAAAGCCUUGCAGGCAAAAAAAGUGAGCCAGACUCUUCCCCAAACCACCAUGAACCACCGAGACAUUGCUCGACAUCAGGCUUCAUCAUCUGUGUUCUCAUGGCAAAAAGAGAGGACCCCAAGUCAUCUUUCUUCUAAUUCUCAAAAAACUCCAGUGAGGAGAGAUUUCUCUACAUCUUAUUUUUCUGGAGAACAAGAGGUGACCCCGAGUCAAUCAACUUUGCAAAUAGGGAAAAGAGAUAGCAGUUUCUGCGAUAAUUCUAGCAGUUCUCAUCUUUUGGAUCAAUUAAAAGCACAGAAUCAAGACCUAAGAAGCAAGAUUGGUGAGUUGGAACUGUGUCUACAAGGACAAGAAAAAGAAAUGAAAGGCCAAGUGAAUAAAUUUCAAGAAACCCAGCUUCAACUGGAGAAAGCAAAAGUGGAAUUAAUUGACAAAGAGAAAGUUUUGAACAAAAGUAGGGAUGAACUAGUGAGAACAACAGCACAAUACGACCAGGCAUCAACCAAGUGUACUGCAUUGGAACAAAAAUUGAAAAAAUUGACUGAAGAUUUGAAUUGUCAGCGACAAAAUGCAGAAAGUGCCAGAUGUUCCCUGGAACAGAAAAUCAAGGAAAAAGAAAAGGAAUUUCAAGAGGAGCUCUCUCGACAGCAACGUUCUUUCCAAACACUGGACCAAGAGUGCACUCAGAUGAAAGCCAGACUUACCCAGGAGUUACAGCAAGCCAAGAACACACACAACAUCCUGCAGGCUGACCUGGAUAAAGUCACAUUAGUAAAGCAACAUCUAGAGAACAAUUUGGAAGAGUUUAAGCAAAAGCUCUUCAGAACUGAACAGGCAUUCCAGGCAAGUCAGAACAAGGAGAAUGAGCAGAAGAGAAGUGUCGAGGAAAUAAAGAAAGAAAACAAUCUCCUUAAGAGUCAGUCUGAGCAAAAAGCCAGAGAAGUCUGCCACCUGGAGGAAGAACUCAAGAAAGUCAAACACUGUUUAAACCAGAGCCAGAAUUUUGCAGAAGAAAUUAAAGCGAAGAAUACCUCUCAGGAAGCCAUGCUAAAAGAUCUUCAAGAAAAAAUAAAUCAGCAAGAAAACUCCUUGAUGUUAGAGAAGCUGAAGCUUGUUGUGGCUGACCUGGAAAAGCAGCGAGAUUGUUCUCAAGACCUUUUGAAGAAAAGAGAACAUCACAUUGAACAACUGAAUGAUAAGUUAAGCAAGACAGAGAAAGAGUCCAAAGCUUUAUUGAGUGCUUUGGAGUUAAAAAAGAAAGAAUAUGAAGAACUGAAAGAAGAGAAAACUCUGUUUUCUUGUUGGAAAAGUGAAAAUGAAAAUCUUUUAAGUCAGAUGGAAUCAGAGAAGGAAAGCUUGCAGAGUAAAAUUAAUCACUUGGAAAGUUGUCUCAAGAUGCAACAAAUAAAAAGUCAUGAAUACAAUGAGAGAGUAAGAACUCUGGAAAUGGAAAGAGAAAACCUAAAUGUUGAGAUCAGAAACCUUCACAAUAUAAUAGACAGCAAGUCAGUAGAGAUAGAGACACAGAAACAAGCUUAUGUAGCUCUACAGCAGGAAGCCGAGUUCUCAGAUCAAAAACAUAAGAAGGAAAUGGAAAAUAUGUGUUUGAAAACUUCUCAGCUUACUGGGCAAGUGGAAGCUCUGGAACACAAACUUCAGUUGCUAUCAACUGAAAAAAUGGACAAAGACCAGUGUUACCAAGACUUACAUACUGAAUAUGAGAGCCUCAGGGCUCUGCUGAAAUCCAAAGAGUCUUCUUUGGUGACAAAUGAGAAUCAUCAGAAAAGUCUUUUGCCUUUUGAACAGCAGCCUAAUGUGAAUAAUUCCUUUCUAAAUAUAAUUAGAGAACAAGAAAGUGUGCCUUCAGAAAGGAGCAAGUCCCAUUUAGAAGCAGACCAAAGUCCAAUAAACUCAGCUGUACUGCAAAAUAGAGUUGAUUCACUUGAAUUUUCAUUACAGUCUCAAAAGCAGAUGAACUCAGAUCUCCAAAAGCAGUGUGAAGAGUUGGUGCAAAUCAGAGGAGAAAUAGAAGAAAAUCUCAUUAAAGCAGAACAGAUGCAUCAAAGUUUUGUGACUGAAACAAGUCAACGCAUUACUAAGUUGCAAGAAGAUGCUUCUACUCAUCAGAAUGUGGUUGCUGAAACUUUAGUUUCUCUUGAGAACAAAGAAAAAGAGUUGCAACUUUUGAAAGAAAAAUUAGAAACUGAGCAAGCAGAGAUUCAAGAAUUAAAAAAGAGCAACCAUCUACUCAAAGACUCUGUAAGGGAGCUGCAAGUUCUAUGUGAAACCCUGAGCUCAGAGAAAAAGGAAAUGGGUGCUGUAAUUUCUCUGAAUAAAAGGCAAAUUGAAGAGCUGAUGCAAGAGAAUGAGACUCUUAAGGACACAAAUACAACCUUAAAUCAAGAGAAAAUGAACCUACUCCAAAAAAGUGAGAGUUUUUCACACUGUUUAGAUGGUAAGGAGAAAAGCAUUUCAGAGUUAUCCGAUCAGUGUAAGCAAGACAGAAUUGCUCUAUUACAAAAAUGUGAAGAAGCCAGAUAUGCAUUUGAGGAUCUUAGUGAAAAAUACAAAGCAGCUCAAGAAAAGAACUCUACACCAGAAGGUUUGCUGAGUGAAUGCACCAGUGUUUGUGAAAAUAGAAAAAAUGAGUUGGAACAGCUAAAGCAAACAUUUGCAAAGGAACAUCAAGACUUUUUAACAAAACUAGCAUUUGUUGAAGAAAGAAACCAGACUCUAAUAUUGCAGUUGGGUACAGUGCAGCAAGAUCUGAGAUCUGAGAUUGCAGAUACCCAGAACAAUUCCAAGAGUGAGGUUGAUGUUUUAAAGCAAGAAAUGACUUUAAAGGAAGAUCAAAAUAAGAUGGAAGUUAAUGACUUACUACAAGAAAAUGAGCAGCUGAUGAAGUUAAUGAAGACAAAACAUGAAUGUCAAAACCUAGAAUUGGAACCAAUUAGGGACUGUGGGAAAGAAAGAGAGAGUGAGAUAAAUAAAUACAACUUGCAACAUCAGAUGAACAGUUACAGUACACAACUGGUACAGUUAGAAACAAUGAUAAGAAAUACGGAAUUAAAACUUCAGGACAGUGAGAAGGAGAAGGAGUAUCUACAGCAUGAACUACAGACAGUUAAAGCAGAAUUAGAAACCAGAAGUUUGCAAGGUAUUUUGUCACAGGAAAUUAGUGGCCUUAAAGACUAUGAUAUGGAUGCAGAAGAAAAGUAUAUUUCAGUGCUUCAUGAGUUGUCAACAAGUCAAAAUGACAAUGCACACCUGCAGUGCUCUCUCCAGACAGCAAUGAGCAAACUGAACGAGUUAGAGAAAAUAUGUGAAAUAUUGAAGGCUGAUAAGUGUGAACUCAUGUCUGAGCUGAAUGAUUCCAGAUCAGAGUGUAUUACAGCUACUAGUAAGAUGACAGAAGAGGUAGAGAAACUAGUAAAUGAAGUUAAAAUAUUGAACCAUGAAAAUGGUCUUCUCCAUGGUGACUUAGUGAAAGAAAUGCCAGAAGGGGAUUUCACUGAAAAGCAAAAUGAACUGCAGUCUGUGUCCUUGAAUCCUUUGGACGAUAGUAAUUCCUAUGAACAUUUGACAUUAUCAAACAAAGAAGUUCAAAGGCACUUUGCUGAAUUGCAGGAGAAAUUCUCAUCUUUGCAAAGUGAGCACAAAAUUUUACAUGAUCAGCACUGUCAAGUGAGCUCCAAGAUGUCAGAGCUCCAGACUUACAUUAAUUCAUUAAAGGCUGAAAAUUUACUCUUGUCAGCAAAUCUCAGAAAUUUUCAAAGUGACCUGAUGAAGGAGACUAAGUUGGAUUCUGGAGAAGGGCAGGUUCCAUCACCAUCAUUCUCUUGUGUGCCCGACAGUCCUAGUCUUAACAGUUUUGGAGAAUCCUCUUUUUACAAAGCUCUUUUAGAACAGACUGAGGAAACAUCUCUUUUGAGUAGCUUAGAAGAUGUUUCCAAAGAUGAGUUUCAUGUGGAUGAACUAUCUAAUAGCAGUCUGGAGGAGGAGAGUCUGACCAAGAAAGAAAUCCAAUCUGCCCCAAUGAGGAGUGUGGAAGAACUCGAGACCCUCUGUCAGAUGUACUUGCAGUCCCUCAAGAACCUAGAAGAGAAAAUGGAAAGUCAAGGGAUUAUGAAAAAUAAGGAAAUUCAAGAGCUUGAACAGUUAUUAAGUACUGAAAGGCAAGCCCUCGACUGCCUUAGGAAGCAGUAUUUGUCAGAAAAUGAACAGUGGCAACAGAAGCUGACAAGCGUGACUAUGGAGAUGGAGUCCAAGUUGGCAGCAGAAAAGAAACAGACAGAACAACUGUCACUUGAGCUUGAGGUAGCCAGGCUGCAGCUGCAAGGUCUGGACUUAAGUUCUCGGUCUUUGCUGAGCACUGAUAUAGAAGAUGCUAUUCAGAACCAAAAUGAGAGCUGUGAUGUAAAAGAAUCAGAAGGAUAUACUCCAGAAACAAUAGGACGAACACCAAAGAAUGACAAUCAUCAGAUUUGCGAUAAAGAUGUUCAGCAGGACCUUGGGAAACUAGGAGAAAUAACAGAGACUGGUGCAGUCAGACUUACAGAAGAGUGUUGUAGGGAGCAAUCCCCAGAAGUUGGUCAUGAAACAUCAGGGGAAGAAAAAACCCAGGGCUGUUCAGAACGCAUUUCUGAAUUGUCGUUUUCUGAUCCUAAUGCUUUGGGACCCAUGGAUUUUCUGGUGAAUCAGGUAACCAUCCAGAAUCUUCAAAUGCAGGUAAAAAAGACAUCAGAUGAGAAUCUGAGAUUACUUCGUGUGAUAAAGGACCGUGACAAAAAAGUUGAAAAUUUGCUAAAUGAAAUUAAAGAAUUAGACUCAAAAUUUGUUUUACAGGAAGUACAAAUGAAGACCAAGAUUGAAGCAUAUGUAGAACUGGAAAAAAUAUUUGAGGAACUUAAGAAAGCAAACUCUGAUUUAAGUGAAAAAUUGGAAUCCUUUUCUUGUGAUAAUCUGGAAGUACACCAGAGAAUAGAAACUGCUGAAGUCCUCAAUUCUAAUUUAGAAAUGGGCACAGAUAAAUUGUCACUCGAACACAUUGAAGCCAAGAUAAAUGACAACUGGAAGGAGAGAUUUCUUGAUGUGGAAAAUGAGUUGAAUAGGAUCAAAUCUGAGAAGGCUAGCAUGGAGCAUCAUGCCCUCUCUGUGAAAGCUGAUUUAGAGAUAGUUCAAACAGAGAAGCUAAAUUUAGAAAUAGACAAUGAAAAUAAGCAGAAAGUUAUUGUCAGUCUUGAAGAAGAACUCUCCAUAGUCACAAGUGAAAGAAACCGGCUUCAUGGACAAUUAGGUAUAGUGUCAAAAGAAAACAAAGAACUGGAUUGGCUGUCUGAAAAUAUGAAGGAGAAAACACAAGAGCUGGAGGCUUAUCAAGGUGAGUGUCUCCGUCACAUGCAGGUGGUGGAGGCAGAGGUAAAGGAUAAAAGAGAACAACUUCAGACUUUGUCCUCUGAUGUCAGCCAGCUGCUAAAAGAUAAAACUCAUCUCCAGGAGCAGGUACAGAGUUUGGAAAAGGACUCACAGGCACUGUCCUUGGUAAAAUGUGAGCUGGAAAUUCAAAUGGGACAGUUGAAUAAAGAGAAAGAAUUGCUUCUCAAGGAAUCUGAAAGUCUGCAGGCCAAACUGAGAGAAUCAGAACGUGAAAAGCUCAAUGUUUCCAAGGCCCUGGAGGCUGCACUGGCGGAGAAGGGUGAGUUUGCAGAGAGACUGAGCUCCACGCAAGAGGAAGCGCAUCAGCUGAGAAGAGGCAUUGAGAAACUGAGAGUCCGUAUUGAGGCUGAUGAAAAGAAGCAGCUCCACGUGGCAGAGAAACUGAAAGAACACGAACGGGAGAAUGAUUUACUUAAGGACAAAGUUGAGAGCCUUGAAAGGGAAUUACAGAUGUCAGAAGAAAACCAAGAGCUGGUGAUUGUUGAUGCUGAGAAUUCGAAAGCAGAAAUUGAGACUCUAAAAUCACAAGUGGAGGAGAUGGCUGAAAGCCUGAAAGUUUUAGAAUUAGACCUUGACAUGGUAAGGUCUGAAAAAGAAAAUCUGACAAAAGAACUACAAGAAAAACAAAGUCAAGUGUCAGAAUUAGACAAGCUGUGCUCUUCGUAUCAAAGUCUGUUAGAAAAAAAGGAGCAAGUGACAAUACAGAUCAAAGAAGAAUCUAAGACUGUGGUAGACAUGCUUCAGAAUCAAUUGAAAGUGCUAAAUGAGGAAGUUAUAGCCCUGUGUAAUGACCAAGAAACCUGGAAGGGCAGAGAACAGAGUCUGGACUCCCCAGUGGAGGAAGUACAACAGCUGAGGAGUAGCAUUGAAAGGUUGAAAGUAUGCAUAGAAACUGAUGGCAAGAAGCAGCUCCAUGUUUUAGAACAACUGAAGGAAAGUGAGCAUCAUGCUGAUUUACUUAAAGGAAGAGCUGAGAAUCUUGAAAGAGAGCUAGAGAUAGUGGGAAAAAACCAAGAGCAUGUGAUUCUUGAGGCAGAGAAUGCCAAAGCAGAGGUAGAGACCCUAAAAGGAAAAAUAGAAGGGAUGGCCUCAAACCUGAGAGAUCUAGAAUUAGAUUUUAUUAACAUAAAGUCAGAAAAAGAAAAUCUGACCAAAGAAUUACAAAAGGAGCAAGAGCGAGUAUCUGAAUUAGAAAUAUUGAAUUCUUCAUUUGAAAAUCUACUAUUAGAAAAAGAGCAAGAAUUAGUACACAUAAAAGAAGAAACUAACACUGCAAUAGACAUGCUUCAGUUACAAUUGAAUGAGCUCAAUGAGAAACUAACCGACCUAUGCAGUGAUCUUGAGUGCUAUAAGGCUAAAGAACAGAAGCUAAGCAGACAAGUAGAUUGUCUUAAACUUGAAAAGGGUCAGUUGGCACUAGAACUUGAUGAGACCAGAAGUAAUUAUGUUACUUUGCAAUCUUCUGUGAAUGGCCUCAUUCAAGAAGUAGAAGAUGGCAAGUAUCUACAAGAGAGGAAGGAUGAAGAAAUCAGUAGACUUCAAAGUCAAAUUCAAGACCAAGAGCAGCUGGCCUCCAAACUGUUCCAGGUGGAAGGAGAGCAGCAACUUUGGAAGAAAGAAAAAGUAGAACUGGGAAAUCUGACAGUGGAAUUGGAGCAGAAGAUCCAAGUAUUACAAUCCAAAAAUGACACUCUCCAGGGUACCUUUGAAGCACUGCAGAAUUCUUACAAGGAUAUGGAGAAUGAACUUGAAUUGGCAAAAAUGGAGAAAAUGUCUUUUGUUGAAAAAGUAAACACAAUGAUUGCAAAGGAAACUAAGCUGCAGAGAGAAGUGUAUGAGAUGAUGCAGAAAACAGUGGAGCAGAAAGAAGACUUUGGUAGAGAGAAAAAUAGGCUAACUGAAGAAUUAAAUUUACUGUCAGAAGAAAUAGAGAACAGCAAAGGUCAAUUGAAGGAGCUUGUGCUAGAAAACAGUGAAUUGAAGAAGAGUUUGGAUUGCAUACACAAAGACCAGGUGGAUAAAGACAGGAAAAUGAGAGAAGAAAUAGCAGAAUAUCAGCUACAGCUUCAGGAAGCUGAGAAGAAACACCAGGCUUUGCUUUUGGACACAAACAAACAGCAUGAAAUAGAAAUCCAGACAUACCAAGAGAAAUUGAUGUCAAAAGAAGAAUAUCUCAGCUCACAGAAGUUGGAGAUGGACCUCUUAAAGUCUAAUAAAGAAGAACUCAGUAAUUCUCUGAAAGCUACCACUCAGACUUUAGAAGAAUUGAAGAAAACCAAGAUGGACAAUCUAAAAUACGUAAAUAAGCUAAAGAAGGAAAAUGAGCAUGCCCAGGGGAAAAUAAAGUUGUUGAUCAAAUCCUGUAAACAGCUGGAAGAGGAAAAAGAAAUGUUGCAGAAAAAACUUUCUCAAUUUGAAGCUGCACAGGAGAAGCAGAAAACAGAUACUGUUGUGAAUGGUAAGGGAGAUGAAUUAAUUUCUGAGAUGAAAGAACUGAAAGAAACUCUGGAAGAAAAAACCAGGGAAGCAGAUGAAUACUUAGAUAAGUACUGUUCCCUACUCAUAAGCCAUGAAAAACUAGAGAAAGCUAAUGAGAUGUUAGAAACACAAGUUGCUCGUCUUUGUUCGCAGCAAUCUAAACAUGACCUCCAGCGGUCUCCUUUGCUAAGUCCACUUGUUGCAGCACCAUCUCCAGUCCCUUCUCUUACUGAAAAGAAGUUAUCAUCUGGCCAAAAUAAAGCUUCUGGCAAGAGGCAGAGGUCCAGUGGGAUAUGGGAGAAUGGUGGAGGAUCAGCACUUCCUACCCCAGAGAUGUUUUCUAAAAGAAGCAGGAAAGCAGUGAAAAAUUGUAUUCAGUCUGUAGAGGACAUAGAAGAUACUGAAUUUGAGCCAGAGGGACUUCCAGAAGUUGUAAAGAAAGGGUUUGCUGACAUUCCAACAGGCAAAACUAGCCCCUAUAUCCUGCGGAGAACAACCAUGGCAACCCGGACCAGCCCUCGCCUGGCUGCGCAGAAGUUAGCACUAUCCCCUCUAAGUCUAGGCAAGGAAAAUCUUGCAGAAUCCUCCAAACCAACAGCUGGUGGCAGCAGAUCACAAAAGGUCAAGAUUGCUCAGCACAGCCCAGUGGAUUCAGGUACUGCCUACAAAGAACCCACCACAAAAUCUCUCUCAGUCAAUAAUCUUCCUGAAAAAAGUUCAGCAGAUAGCCCUAGAGAGGGCCUGAGACCCAAGCGAGGCCGACUGGCCCCCAGUCCGGAAGCUGGAGCCGAGCCCUCCAAGGAUGGCGAGAACUGUAAGGUCCAGUGAAGAGACUUGUGUGUCAAUACCCCUGGAAGGUGGAGUAGUUGUCAGCCCACAGGGACUUUUCUUUAGUCAGGGAGCAGUUUAUCAGUGAGGAGAAAACAGUUCCUUAGUAAAUAAAAAUAUAUUGUACUUUUUCUAUCUUCCAUGUAUAAGUAUUGAAAAUGUUUGUAAGCAGUGAUCAUUUAUUCACGCACUGGUAUUCCAUCUCUUAUAAUGUAAAUAAUACUGUAUAAAGCUUUAUGUUAGUAAGUUAUAAUUAAAUGGCAAGCACUAUCUAGCAACUUCUGUAUGUGGAUUUUAUACUAAGAAAGUAAAAAACACAUUUUAUACUUCCAAUUAACUGCUCGCAGGAAAAUGGAAACUUUUGCUUUAUGAUAUUUCCUGUCUAUAGUGUUAGGCAUGAAAUAGAUUUAGAUCAGGAAUUUCUUUGAGUUAAGUGAAAUGAAGGAAAGCCCUGUUACCUGUUAAGGAAAACAUACACACUUGUACAUAGGUAGGUGUGUUUAUCUGUCUUCCAAUGUGACUUAUAAAUUUUUGCUUCUGUAACCUGUACAUAUGUGUGUGUGGGAGUAGUGGGGAGGUUAUAUGUUUAUCUCCAGUCCUUCUGAUGGCAGGUUCUUAGAUGUGCAUUUUCUGCCCUUGUGCUUUUUUCUUUUUUAAGAUUAUUUUCUUACAAUUCUUUGGUGUGUGUUCUCAUAUCUUGUGUUGUAUUAAAACAUGACCUUUGUUUUCUAAUAAAAAAAAACCUACCUUUGUUUUCUGUCAAAAAUGCUUUCUAAAUAUAAAGGUAUUAUGAAUAUUGGCACUGUCCUGUUGCCACCAUCUGUUCACAACCUCUUGUAAAACGUUUGAAUAAAUGAUGAUGUAGAUCUUUA